GGAGGGGCUGCUUUUGACCCCGAAGCCGCCGCCAUGAAGAAGUUUUUCCAGGAUAUCAAAGCGGAGCUGCAGUUCAAGGGAGCCGGGCCGGGCCAGAAGCUCAGCGAGUCGCCUAGAGAAAGAGCUCCCAAGGAGAAACCCAAAGCUGACCCUCCUUCCAAGUGUCGCCAAGGGCCGACAAAUGAAGCUCAGAUGGCGGCGGCGGCAGCCCUGGCCCGGCUGGAACAGAAGCCCAAACCCCGUCCCCCCACAUCUCAAGACGCCAUCCGGAAUCAGGUGAAAAAGGAGCUUAUGGCUGAAGCAGCAGCAAGCGAUAAAGGAGCCUCUGUGGAUCAGAAGAAUUCUUUACCUGCUCUUCAAGAAGAAGAUCCUUCCAUGCUGUCCGUCUCAGGAGUCUACUUCACUUGCCCUUUAACUGGGGCCACCGUCCGGAAGGAUAAAAGAGAGGCGCAGGUCAAAAAGGCCAUCCUUGAGCAUGCCGCCCAAGACCCUGUGGCUGCUGCCAUCAUGGAAAUCCACACUUGCAACAGGGACCGGGAAAAGGUCAAACUCGGAGUGGAGACCAUUGCAAAGUACCUUGACAACAUCCACCUCCACCCAGAUGAGGAGAAGUACCGGAAGAUCAAACUGCAGAACAAAGUGUUCCAGGAAAGGAUCCACUGCCUGGAGGGGACACACAAGUUUUUCCAGGCUGUCGGGUUUGAAAAGGCCACCCUGAGUAUCCCAGGACAAGAAGAGGCCACGGAGGACUUCUAUGUCCUGAAGGAGGGGAAGCUGGGCGACCUGAAGGAGCACAAGGAGAAGCUUCUGAGCGGGGAGCCACUCCGGGCCACCCUGGAUCGCCAGCUCCGCGUCUUCAAGCCGUCCCCCCAGGCCUCCCGCUUUGAGCUGCCAAGCGACUUCUUCAGCAUCACUGCCGAGGAGCUCAAGCGGGAGCAGAGGCUCCGGGCAGAAGCGGUUGAGAAGGCGUCGAUGCUGAGAACGAAGGCCAUGCGGGAGAAGGAGGAGCAGAGGGAGCUGAGGAAAUACAACUACGCCUUGCUGCGCGUCCGCUUCCCGGACGGGUACAUCUUGCAAGGAACGUUCUACGCACGGGAGCCCGUCUCAACCCUGUACCAGUUUGUGCGAGAGACGCUGCAGAACAACUGGCUCCCCUUUGAGCUUCUGGCCCCCGGAGGCCACAAACUGAACGACGAGAGCAUGGCGAUCAAUGAAUGUGGCCUGGUGCCGUCUGCCCUCCUGACGUUCGUAUGGGAUGCUGAGGUCAUGGCGGAUAUCAAGGCUUCCGGCGGGGAGCGCAUCGGGAGCGUGCUGAAGCCGGACCUCCUGCUCUCCGUGCAGACCCUGUCCUGAAAAUAAAAGCAAACCAGGAUU